AUGGAUGAGUGGGUGGAUCGGGGCAAGGGGGCCCUGACAUAUAGGGUGACGCAGGUGGUGUCCGGACACGGCUGCUUCAGACACUACCUGCACAAGAUACAGAGGGAGCCGGGGCCCCAGUGCCACGAAUGUGGAGCGGCGGACGACACGGCUGAGCACACUCUAGAAGAGUGCAAUCGCUGGGCCGUGGAAAGAGCUGCCCUCAGGGCGACCACGGGGGUAGCGGACCUCUCGCUACGCAGCAUAAUAGCGGCGAUGCUGGGUAGCGAGAGGAAAUGGGAAGCGGUGGUCUCCUUCUGCGAAGAAAUCAUGUCACAGAAGGAGGCGGCGGAGAGGAUGCGAGAAGCAGCUGCUGACGCGCUUCCUCUCCGACGUAGACGGCAGGGUCGAGGGCGAAGAGCGUAUGCUCGCCUCGAGCCCCAGUAG